AUGUCUCUCGUUUCGAGGCUUGCUGCAAGAAGGCUGAGACGACCUGUCGUGGCAGUCGGCAGGGGCUGGACAAAGGGCGUGUGUGCGACCAGCGUUUUGCGUGACCGAAGCAGUCAUCACAGCGGCUUGCGCGCACAUGGGCAUGGCGAGCACGACGAUCAAAGCCACGCAGGCCACGCAGGUCAUCAUGCCUCCAACCACGGGAAACAGGGGGCCCGCGACACCCGACACGAGCAUGGGCACCCAGGCGGCCACGGCGGCCACGGCGUGCUUGGUCACGGCCACAGCGGCGACGGUCAUGGACACGGACAUCAUAGGGAAGGUCAGGGCCACCUGCAUGUCUUGGGCUGUCAUGACCAUGGCCACAGUGCGGAAAUGUCUGAGCUCAAAGGUGAAGCAAUCAAAGUGACGUUGUUGGGGUUUACCUUCAACUGUUUAUUGGGUGUGCUCCAAUACUUCGCUGGGAAUUAUUGUAAUUCUGCAGCGCUGACAAGUGAUGCCAUCCAUACUUUGACAGACUCCUUAUCUGACAUCAUUACGCUGUGUGUGGUCCAGCUGGCCAUUGGCCCAGCCACGCCUUCCUUCCCCUUUGGGCGGGGGAAGCUCGACUCUUUGGCGGCCCUUGGCGUCUCGGGGAUCAUGAUGGGCACGGGAAUCUCGGCCAUGCGCUUCUCCACCACUCUCUUCCUCGAAGCCAUGGGCGACCUUGGUGGCGACGAGCACCACGGGGCCGGGGCUCACAACGAUUCCCACGGACAUUCCCACGUGCACGGCCACGGACAUUCGUCGCCGAUCCUGGAAAAUGGCCAUGUCAACGAGGUGGCUGUGGGGACCUGCUUGGUGACCAUUGCUGGCAAGGAGGCUUUGUAUCAUAUCACUCGCAGGGCCGCCGACCGACUGCACAGUUCCGUGCUCUUGGCCAAUGCUUGGCACCACCGUAGCGACGCCUUGAGCUCUGGCCUUGUCUUGUUGGGUGUCUUGGGAAGGAUGUUCGUGCACAGCGCUUUCGACCCUGUUGCAGGUGCCCUGGUCUCCACCGUAAUCAUCCGAGUCGCCUUUGGGAUCGGCCGAAGGUCUGUCGCUGAACUGCUCGACAUGCAGCUGCCCAAGCACGAGCUCCAGGAGCUCCAGGAAGCUCUCAAGGCGGCUGCCGCGGCCCUGGAGCCGCGGCAGCCGCCCGUCGAAGUGCAGCAGUUGCUGGGCCGACGUGCGGGCCCUGACGUGCACCUGGAGGCUCUCCUCACAAGCGACUGGAGGGCGAUGUCGGCACAGCAGCUCGCACAGCUGGAGACGUCUCUGCUCAGCGAGUUGCAUCUUGGAGGCCAUCGCAUGGUUCGAAGCCUCCGAGUCGUUCCACGUUUGUGA